AUGGUGCCAUCCACGUCGUCCUCGUCGUCGACCUCGUCGGUCACGGCCACGGCGGACUCGCGCGAGACCGCCGAUGUCACCGGUCUCGCGACGGGCUCCGAAUUGCCGAAUCUAGCGCUCCAGAGUGCCGCCCUGCGGAUCCAGGGCGCUCUCCUUUCCGCUCUGCAGCGGGCGAUCCUGCAGCCGGGACACGCCGCCGCGGCGGCUUUCAAUCUGCAGGCGUACAUGGAGACGUUCCUGACGCUUCAUCGUUUUCAUACGAGCGGCGCGACUUCCGGCGUCCCGCAGACCGCGGCGGCGGGCGCCACCGCGACCGUCGUUGGCAAUCCGACGAGGUGCUCGUCACUGAACGCGAAUGUCGACGUGGCCCUGAGCCCGACGCUCAUCAAGAACGACCACCUGACGGCCGAUCAGCUGCUUCGAUCGACCGCUUCGGCGACCAGCGAGGACGACGAGGCACGGCUGGACUUUGUGACCGACACCGAGGAGGAUCUGGCACUUCUCGCGGAGGAGGACGAGGUCCUGCUGAGCGAGACGUCCGGAACCACGAGCUCCUCUUCCGCGAACCACGAGCUGCUCCUGCGACGAAUAUCCGAGGGGAAUCGCGCGAGUACGUCGGUGAUGACGGUCUCGCGGACCUUGACCGCCCCGACGUCUUUUCCGUCGUCGACCUCCUCAGGUUGCUCCUCCGCCUCGUCCACCUCGUCUUCUUCCUCCUCGUCCGCGCAGCAAGCCACGAUCGCGGUGGACUCGAGUGUACCAAGGACUUGCCGUACGUCCAGACCCAAGAAACAGUUCAUUUGUAAGUUCUGCAACCGGCAGUUCACGAAGAGCUACAAUCUGUUGAUCCAUGAGAGGACGCAUACCGACGAGCGGCCGUAUUCGUGCGACAUAUGUGGCAAAGCCUUCCGACGGCAGGAUCAUCUGAGAGAUCACAGGUACAUACACAGCAAGGAGAAACCGUUCAAAUGCGCCGAGUGCGGCAAAGGAUUCUGUCAGAGCAGGACGCUGGCUGUCCACAAGAUUCUGCAUAUGGAGGAGUCGCCGCACAAGUGUCCCGUCUGCUCCAGGAGUUUCAAUCAGAGGAGCAACCUGAAGACGCAUCUUCUCACGCACACGGAUAUUAAGCCCUAUCACUGCGCCUCCUGCGGCAAGGUCUUCCGCAGAAAUUGCGAUCUGAGGAGGCACUCGUUGACCCACAAUCUGGGCGUACCGUCGUCGCCACCGCCGUCGGGAAUGCCCGUUUCCGGCUCGAGCACCAUUGUUCUCCAGGAGACGUCUUAACGCGCGAACAUCUCGAGUCCUUACCUCGGUCGCGUCGCGUCAGGACGAAAU